UGCGCCGGCUCCCCGUCCCAGUUCGUGCCCGGCCUGGAUCCUACCAAGCCCGGGCUGGUGAGCGGCCAGCUGCCGGGCGCCUUGGGCCUGCCGGGCAAGCCGCCCAGCUCCAGCCCGCUGACCGGGGCCUCGCCGCCCUCCUUCAUGCAGGGAUUAUGCCGGGACCCCUAUUGCUUGAGCUACCACAGCGCCUCGCACCUGGGCACCAGCAACUGCUCCAGCUGCGUGCACGACCCGGGCAGCCUGAAGAGCGGCUACCCGCUGGUGUACCCCACGCACCCACUGCACUCGGUGCACACCACCCUGUCCUCCAGCGCCACGCCCAGCCUGCCCGGCCACCCGCUCUACACCUACGGCUUCAUGCUCCAGAACGACCCCCUGCCCCACAUAUGCAACUGGGUGUCGGCCAGCGGACCCUGUGACAAGAGGUUUGCCACCUCGGAGGAACUGCUCACUCACCUACGGACUCACACGGCUCUCCCCGGGGCGGAGAAACUCUUGGCUGGCUACCCUACCUCUGGCCUCGGCUCUGCCGCUUCCUGCCACCUCCACCUCCCGCCCACCGCCCCCGGGAGCCCCAACACGUUACCGGGAUCUCUGUCUUUGAGGAGUCCACACACUUUGGGACUGAACAGGUACCACCCGUACGGCAAGAGCCACUUGCCCACAGCCGGGGCUCUGCCCGUGCCCUCCUUGCCAGCAGCUGGACCUUACUAUUCUCCAUAUGCGCUGUAUGGCCAAAGACUAACUUCAGCUUCUGCGCUUGGAUAUCAGUAACUAAAGCGGCCCUCUCCUCUCCGACCCAGCUCUUGUCCCUCCUUCGCUCCCGUCACCUCCCUCGGACUGUGUAUUUAUUUACUGUAUGUUAGCUUAAAGCUGGGAAUAUAAGUGCAUUAAUACACCAAUGAAUCAAUGGUAUGCAAAAAGUCUGUGUCCAAAAAAAAAAAAAAAAAAGAAUCCUUUCCUUUGC